AUGGCUCACACGUCUGGCUAUGUAGACCUACUACAUAGUCAAAUUCCAGUUGAGCUUGAGUCACCCGAACCUGUUAGGUUCGGUAGCCAAGUUCCUGAUGACUCUGGUGUGAAGGAGAGGAGGAAAUGGUCUCCAAAAGAAGAUAAAAUCCUUAUUGGUGCUUGGCUUAACACCAGUAAGGACCCUGUCGUCAGCAACGAGCAGAAAGCUGGUGCUUUCUGGAAGCGGAUUGUCCACUACUACAACGCAAGCCCGCAACUGGUUGGUACAAUACCGAGAGAGCUUGGUCCUUGCAAGCAGAGGUGGGCUAGGAUUAACGAGCAAGUAUCCAAGUUUUCUGGAUGCUAUGAUGCGGCUCUGAGGGAGCAGAGAAGUGGUCAAAAUGAUGAUGAUGUGAUGAAAGCUGCGUUAGAUAUAUUCUUCAAUAAUAACGAGUACAAGUUCGCACUGGAUCACUGCUGGAGGGAGCUGAGGCAUGACCAGAAAUGGUGCUCUACCAAUCUGGCUAAGGACGGAGGAAAGGAAAAGCGCAAACAAGUGUUUGAGGGUUCAGCUCAUGUUAAGCAAGUCACGGGUUCUUCUUGGUUGUGGGAACUAAAGUCACGGGUGCAUUUGGAGGUGUGA